AGAGCGGGUUCGAUGUUCUUGUGGGGCGAUUCAUAAACUCAUUUACUAAGCUCAUUGUUUGUGUUAAUACGCAACGUGUGUGUGUGCGUGUGUAUCUGUGUGCUUGUUGUGUAAAAGGCAAACAAACAAUAAGCAGGAGGAGAGCGGGAAACAGACAUGUGCUCAGCUCGUUAUGGGAGAACAAAACGCUCGGCGCUGCCCAAAUAAAUAAGCAAAGCGUAAACAUGACAGCACCGAGUCUCUCAAAAAUCUAUGCUAAUUAGCAGCAAUAACAACAAAGGCGAAGAGUGUAUCUAUGUAUCGAGAGAAUGUAUCUCAAACCCAUACCCAUACGCAAAUGCCCCCAACAACAUACAUAAGUGCAAAGCCAACAAAUCGGCAGGCAGCCAAACACUUGGAAUACACUCAAAAAUCGAAAAAUAACAAAAUGUGAAUGUUCAGUGAAUGAAGAGUGUGACUAAAAGCAAACAUUCGGAAGAUCACAGUGAACGGAAAACUUAAAGAGGAAAAUCUUUAAAAUUCACUGAUAAUUUGAGUCACUUCAUAAUUUGAGUAUACCGAUUUAAAAUAGAUCAUAAUAUUAGUUAAAAACUCUAGAAAUCACUUGUUUUGAAACUUUACGACUUUAAAGAUACCUACCCUAUCUUGAUGUAAUCUUUUAAAUUUACAACUCAAUCCCUUUUAAUUUUACAUGCUUAUUUAAUUAGAAAAAGAGGUUGGGAGCUCUAUUAAUGCAAAAGAAAUUUCUCAGCGAGAAAUCAUAUGAAUCAUAGAUCUUUUCCUGUCAGCGAACUUGUAAACCUUAUGAAAGGCCUUUAUGAAAGGCUUCUUUUGAUGACCAUCUAUGAUCCAUCUUUAAAUAUCAAAGUUCCGUUUCUAAUUAUUUCCCAAGAAGGCAUCUUCCUCACUGCAUUCAGCGCCACAAAGAAUUCCAUCAAUUCCAUUAAAAGCAAAACUUUUCGCAAGGCACCCCACGUUCUUUAUCAAAAAAUGCAAAAUUUAUCAGCGAUAGCCCAGAAAAGAUAACUAAAAUGUGUGGUGUUCUACAGCAAAUAUGGCGAGGCGCAGAAAUCAAUUUCGAAUUUGUUGAUAUUACGGAGCAAGAAAAACAGAAAAUAGAAGCCACUACAGUGGAUUCACAGAUAUAGAUAGCGGCUACUUGGAUGUUCGUACGUCAGUGAUUCAGGCAACUUGUCGGGGCCAAACGGAAACCGAAACCAAUUGAGAAUACACAUUAAGUGAGUGGGUUUCUGAGGAGGGGAAGUGAUCGUUUUAGUGGUCCCUAAUUGGUAUCCCCGUGUCUGUCACACUGUGCAGAAAUUGCAUAAUGCCCGGGCCAAAACCCCCCAUCACGUGUCUGGGUCGUCUGGCACCUGACAGACCCACAAAGAUACUUCAGUUUGGAUUGGUUCUGGUCGGAGGAAGUUAAUGGAGAUGAUGGGGCUGUGGGCCAGACAAAACAAGAAAAAUUGAAAUCCAUUAAGUACCUUUAAAAAUAAAAGCGGAAUACUACUAACCGCAUGGCCCACUAGGAUGAUGCAUGGGAGAGCUAUAUAUAUGCGCGUGGAUAUAGGCUGCUUCAAUUAUUCAAGAGUACACCGAAAGCAGAGACUUGUGACCACAAAAAUCUAAGAAAUUACGCACGAAAAAUAUCUUUAAAAUGCCAUAAGUUGUAUAUAGAUACACAGCCAGCGCAGACUCAUCAGAUACACCGACACACACGUCGGCCAUAAGAUACAUACAUAUAAGCAAACUCUAACUGUGGCAAACUAUUUCCGUAUUGAGUUCUCUUCUUAAUGCCCUGCAUUGGGCCAUUUUGGGCAUAUUGCAAGAAAGUCUUAGGAUCAAGCACUUAAAGAAUUAAACAAUUUAAAUGGUUGGAAAAUAUUUUCUCGGAUUUUAUUUGACCUCUAAAUACUUUAUUUUCCCUUAAUGUCUUACAUCUUUCAUUCCUGAGCAUUUAUCAACCGAAAUUCAAGACAAAAAUGUGGUUGGGACAUUUAAAAAAAUUUAUUUUUGAAAGCAUAUAUUCGUUAGCUUAAAUUCCACAAACAAAUUAUGUACGGGUUCCAAAAACAUUUUCUAAUAUUUAUGGAUGCGCCAAAUAUAUUUUCGAACCGAGCGUUUCUUUUCUGCUCGUCGGACUUUAUGAGUUUGUUUGGCUUGUGGAAAUUGCAUUGACCUAGAAGUCAUAUUGUUGUUUUCUCGGUCUCCUGGGUAUUUUGAUGUCUUUGAAAUACCCUGCAUUCUGUUUCUGUUUUGGCUUUGCACAUUUCUCUCCCGCUCUCCGACUUUCUGUUUCUCCGUAUGUAUUGUGAACAUGAGCAUCGUUAUGAAUUCCCCGAUUUUCCAUUUUGUGUGUAUAUUUUCAAAUACUUGCCACUGUGCAUCCGAAUUGGGCUGUCUGUAAAAAUGUGUGUGAGUGGGAGACUGGGGAUCUGGCUCCCGGCUGAAAUCGUGGCAAGCCCACGGCCCAUUCCUUGUCCGUCGGUCGCCAGCGCCACGAGGAACGGGAAGCGCGAUCUUAAAAAAUAUUUUAAAAAAUUGUUCACCCCGUCUCAGCUGCUCAAAUCGAACAUACCCUCGAAACGAGAGCGAAAGUUUAGUAUUCAAAACGCAAUUUAAUUUGGCCAAAACAAUUCGAGGCAAUCGGAGACAAAGGCGCGAUCUCGGCAGCGAAAAAUCAACCUGAAAGCAUAACGAUUUCGGACGCGUGCCAGGCGGUGGGCGGGGUGGCGUAGACGCCGGCAGCGGCUGCGACGUCGCUGUUUUAUAUGAUUUUCCGCUGGUAGUGCUCGUUUUUAUUUUUUAUUUUCUUUUUUUCGAUUUUGCCGGUUGUCGUCGUGAGCAGAAUGCCGCCGGCUCUCGGUUCUGGUUCUCAGUUCAGUUCUGUUUGAGUUUCUGGCGACGAGUGACACACACAGAGGGAACUAGAAAUAAACGACACCGAAAAACGAAACAACACUUAGUUGUACUGUAGAUUCUGGCUGAUUAAGAAACACGAAGCACAAAGCACUCACACACACAUAUCUUACACACAAGGAAAACUGCAUUAGUUCAGAUCAAGCGAAAGUGCUGUAGACGAUGCCCAAUAACCGCAAUCGUAAUCGCAAUCGAAAUCGCAACAAACGCAAUCGAAACCAAAACCAAAACCAAAAUCAGAAUCCGAGCCAAAACGAAAACAAUCAGCAGCAGGCAGAAGGGGCGGAGGAUCGGGAGGAGCAGCAGGAUUUCCAGACUCAGAUCGCAGUAGCACAAUCUUCCUUCUCCGUAGAUGAUAAUGGAAAUUCUGGCAGCGUUUCAAAUGGGCCAACGGAAAACUGCGAAGAGGUGACGAACACUCUUGAAAAAACCGAAAAAAUAGAGGAAAUAUCCGAGCAACCAGCAACAGUCAUCCAACAAGAAGCAGAUUUAGAGGCAGAAAUGGGUGCCAAAAACUCAAAACACCGCAAGGAAAAGUCCGAUAAGCAGGCGUCCAAUGGAAAAGCCGAAGAGCAGGUGCGUCCACCUCCCACCAUUAUAAGAAGGCCACCCGGCAGCCCCCGACAAGCCAAGGUCAUAGUUCAUCGAAUCGUAAGGGAAGAGGACAAGGCCAAUGGUACAGCUCAAUCUCCAGAGCCACCCAAAGUAGUGACACCUAAGGAGCAGCACUUGGAGGUCGAGGCUUUAAAUGAGCAGCUACCCAAUGCACAUCAGGAAGUUGAAACUAAGCAAGGACAAGAAAAUGAAAAAGGUCAAAAGGAACUUCCGGAAUCUAGUCAUCUUUCGGAGGAUGCAAAGCAGAAACUUGUCGAAGUUGAAAAUAAUCGACAAGUUUACGAUGAAGUGGACUACUUGAGCGAUGAGACCAUUGAAAAGAAUCCAAAAGAAGCGCAACAUGAUCCAAAGGAACAGGAGCAGUAUGUGUUGCAACUCGAAAAGGCUAUGGAAUUUGUAGAAAAUGCACAUCAGCAACACGUUGCUGCUGUCCAAAGUUAUCAAAUACAAAGAGACACGAAGCCAAACGCACAGCAACAGGAGCAAAAUGAAGUACAGCACCCACAGGAAUCAACUGACGCACCUCCACAACCGGUUGCUGUUCCACAAGUCCUUAAAGAUACCAAUAAGAAGGAAGAGCAACAGGAACCAAUUUUAAAUAAUGCCCAACAGCAAAAUGGACAGAUUGCACCAAAAUCCCAAAAGGAAUUCCAAAUAAAAGUUGAGUUUCAAGCCGAGGAUUCUCGUUCCCAGCAGCCUCCUCCACUGAAGCCCACCUCCAAGGUGAUUAUCCAUCAGAUACACCUGGAAACCACCGACGAAGAGAAAAAUUCUAAGCCCACUUUCGAGGAGAUCAGCAGCACUACCGGUUCUCUGGCCGGAACCCUAUCUCCACCACCCCGUUAUUUAGUGGAGUCUCCGAAGAACGUGUCAAGUGGUCAGUUUGCGCGCUUUUCGCGUGAUGUGCAAAUCCAGGAGCUGGAACUGAACAGCGAAUUCAGCUCCGGGGAAUUCAAUUCCCUGCAGUCGCCGCUGGUUUGCGAAGUAGACUCGGAAUCAGAGGGAUCUGUAGCCGUGGGUCCGGAACGAUCGCCGUCGGAUCAGCAGGUGCCGUCCAGCAGCCGAGUGGAGCAGCAGGAGCAGCUGCGCCAGAAACGUGCCCAAAAACGGAACGCUUUGGAGUCGCACUUCCUGCCGCAGUUGCUUAAUCCCCGCUAUCUGGACAGCAUCCUAGAGGAGAACGAAUGGAGAAACUCCACUGCCUCCUCUGGCGGAAGCGAUCAGACGGGGAUCCGCACCCCCAAGCUGAACGAGACCUUUCCCAGGAGUCAGUUGGACUUCAGCCGCAGGCACAAGCGGAGGGAGGAGGCCCCGUCGCCUCUUAAGCUCGAAACUAGAUUGCUGGAGGACUCCACCGAUCUGGAGAGCUGCACCCGACUGCAGAGCACCCUGUCUCCCCAGUCCGAAGAUGCGGAGCUAGUUUACCUGAGCUCCUCGGCCUCCAGCAGUGUCUCUGACCUCAUGGAACUAGAACUUGAACAGGCCGCCGCCUUGGCGGAGAGGGCCCUUGUGGACUUGGAUACGGAUGCCAGCCGGUUGAUUGCUCGGCCGGAUGAUGAGAUGAGCAGCACCAGCACCACCACGGCAGACAGGAGCGAGACGGAAGCGGAAACGGAAACAGAGACGGAGAGAGAGGGCGAGCAGAGUCGUGAGAGCACACCUGUUAACGCCAACCCGACGCUCGCCAGUUCGCAGUCUUCGCUGCUGAGCGCCCCAACGCCGACGCCGACGCCGACGCCCACUCCCGCCGAUCGCGAACAAUUAGCAAAAGAUACAAAUGUAUCUGGCGGAUCGACUAUUAGUUUCGGGGCAGCAUCGCCGCUAGCGGCCACGCGCGAGGAGUUCGUUCGCAACAUGGACAAAGUGCGCGAGUUGAUCGAGAUGACGCGGCGCGAACAGGAGCAAGGUGAACUACCGCGAUCGCCGUCGCCGCCGCCCGUUCCCCCGCCUCCCGCCUCCGUGCCACCCUACAGUCCCGAGUCCUCCUCGUUCCACCUAGCUUCCUUGCAGCUGAAGCGGCAGGAGUCGAACGACUCCCACUGCUCCGACAGCACCACCCACAGCCAAUGCACGGCCAUCAACCUGGCCAGUCCCCCACCGCCACCCACCGCUCAGCCACCCACACCGCCACUCAGACAAAAGCCCGCACCACCACCCGUACCGCCACCCGUAUCACCACCCGCACCACCAACUCCCCAAUCAGAGCCAGAGCUUUCAGUUGCAGAUUCGGUUGCGAAUGCGGAUGCAGAUGCAGGGGCCGACACGGAUACGGAAGCCAUAAAGAAGCUGCGCCUGCUGUGCACCGAGCAGUUGGCUUCCAUGCCCUAUGGCGAACAGGUGCUCGAGGAGCUAGCCAGUGUGGCCCAGAACAUAGCCGAUCAGUCCCAGAGCAAGAUGCCCUAUCCCAUGCCCCAGCUGCCGCACAUCAAGGAGCUGCAGUUAAACGCAAAUGAGACCAAGUCCACAUCCGCCUGGCUGGGUCUGCCCACCCAGUCCGAUCCCCAGGUAUUGGUCUGCCUGUCACCCGGCCAGAGGGAUUUGGUAAACACCCAGACCCAGCCGGAUGACCUGCUAGAUGCCCACCAAAAGUUCGUGGAGCGUCGGGGGUACCAUGAGUUGUCCAAGGCCCAGGUUCUCGAGCAGGACCACCAGCAGCAGCAGAGCGAGAUGCUCAAGACGGCGGCCAUGAUGCGCGAGUUGCGCAAGAGUCUCUCGCCGACGGCGCCCCCUGUCCCUCCGCCGCCGGUACCAUUGAAGAGCGCCGAAACGGCGGCCAAGGCGACCGCUCAUGAAAACGCCAAGAGAGAUGACGCAAGCGAACAAAAGCAGAAGAUCACAGAAUGCGAAUCGUCAUCGCUUGAAAAUAAACCAAGGCGAGCAGCUGAUCUUGGUGCUCAGCAGUCGGCAGAGCACCGCCAGAGCAGCAGCACCACCACCUCCAGCCACAAAGCGACCACAGAGACCAUGUCCAGUGACACCGCCAAGUUUCCCACGCUGGACAGCAUGGAGAGUGAGCUGGCCAGGAUGUUCCCCCAGCACAGGGGCGACAUUUUCGAGGAGCAGCGCAAGCGGUUCUCCAACAUCGAGUUCCCCAGCCAUCAGCCUGUCAGUCAGACCAAGCGGUACUCCAACAUCGAGACGAGUAGCUUCGAGUCCAAGAAGCGUUUGGAGAAUGGUCAGGUAGUCUACGAUGUGAGCACUUCCAGUCAUGAGAAGAAGGAGCAGGGCGAUCCACCCAAGGACCAGUCUGCACCGCCUGUUCCCCCGCCGCCAAUUAUGUCAGCAACGAAAUUAAACGGCAACACUUUCAUUGAUGGAGGCGUGGCGCCCAAAAAUAGCCAGUCGUCGCGAGAGAACGGUAGUGGCAGCGGCAACGGUACGUAUGAGGAAUUUCGGCAGCGUGCCAAGGCCGCUGCGGAUGCUUUUGGAGAGCAGCGGGAGCAGCAAAACGGGCUGGAUCAAGACCGCGUGUUCAAGGACUUCGAUAGGCUGUCCCAGCAGAUGCACGCCGAGCUGCAAAGCACCCGGGAAAAGCGGGAGAAGUCGGCUUCCAUGUACGAUCUCAGUGGCUUCACUCGCCCCGCGACUGGUCAUCCGAGACUAGAUGAGUUGCAGCAGAGAAGACAUGCCCACAUGCAGGAGUUGGAAAGGGAAAUAGAGCGGUCGGCAAAGUCGCGACAGGAGCGAAUGUCCUCGGUACCGCGACAAAUGGAGGCCACACCACCUCGAACUCAUGAGAUUCCCAUUGAGCUGGAGCCACGUUCCCGACGCGCAGAGUCCCUGUGCAAUCUAAAUGAGUCACCACCACGUCCGCAUACCACCGUGGGUCACUAUAACCAUCCGGGGGCUCAGGAUGACUGGUCUAGGUAUGCCAACGAUUUGGGAUACUCGGAGAACAUAGCACGACCCUUUGCCAGGGAGGUGGAGAUUUGUUAUCAGCGCCAGAAUCAGAGAACACCACAUGGCAUUAGGGCUCCCCGCCUUUCCGCCAGCACCAACGAUCUGAGCAGCUCUAGUCAAUAUAGCUACGAUACCUUCAACGCCUACGGAGGCAGAAGGACCCAUGCCCCCAUGUUGAACCAGGCGCAACAGCAACAACGACCUCAUUACGGCAGUUGUUACUCCAUGAUCGAGAGGGAUCCCAAUCCCAGGUACAUUAGCACCACCUCGCGAAGGGGCGUGAGUCCAGCACCGCCACCAGUUGCAUCUCCGCAACAGCAGCAGGUGCCACCACCUGCCUACGAUCGCCAGCAGAGGAGAUCCUCGCUGCCGAGGGAAUUGCAUGAACAGCAGCUAAAGUACAUACUAUCCAAGGAGGAGGAGCUCAAGUUUGAAGUGGAGCGAUUGCAGCAGGAGCGCCGUCGUCUAAUGGAGGAAAUGCAGAGGGCUCCAGUCCUGCCGGCUCCUCAGAGGAGGGAGAGCUACAGGCCCGCCGCCAAGCUGCCAACUCUGAGCGAGGAUGAGGUAUUCCGGCAGCAAAUGGCCGAGGAGUGGAUGAACAAGGUGGCUGAGCGGGAAGAGCGGCGCCAGCACAAGAUCAUACGCAUAUCAAAGAUUGAGGAUGAGCACGAUCACUCCGCGGUGGACAAGACAACCAUAAGCGAUGAAUUCUUGGAUCGGGUGAAGGAGCGCCGUCACAAGUUGGCUAUGCCGGCGGACAGCGACUGGGAAAGUGGGGCGGAAUCUCAGCCCCAGCCAGCGGCCCAAUCUCAGCCAGAAUCGGAUGUGGAAGCGCCACCAGUACGCAUACUAGAGGGCCAGGCGGAGGCCAAUCUCCGCCAGCUGCCACGGCACCUGCGGGAGUUCGCAAAGUUCUCCACCAGCGAACAGUUGCCAGAUGGCGCCCAAAUGGAGCGUCACGAGGAACAGGAGCGCAGGGAGGAGGCCACCGACAAUGCGCACAGCAGUGCCACCAAGAAGACGAGCAUCGUGAAGACGUACAAGGUUUCCAGGCUACCGCCUUCCGUCCAGGACAGAGCCACCGCAACCGAGGAGGCGAACUCAGCGGCAACGGGAAUGGGUGUCCGGCUGCGACCACGCCCACCCAAGCAGACGCGCUUCCUCCUUAAUGCGCAGCAGCUGCAGCAGCAGAGGCAGCGGCGCAGCUGGUCGGAAAGCGAUCUUCUCAAGGAGAUCGACAGCGAACUGCAGCUGGCCAAGGGCUUCCUCUACGCGAAUGGCGUGUGGACACCUUACGGUUCCAGCAGCGAUCUAAAUCAAUCGGGCACCACAUCGGCCACGCCCCCUCCCCCGCCGCCACCCUCGCUGCCCGUUUGGACGCCACAACCGUCACCGGUGCUAAGCGGACGCAAGGAGUUCCGUCCGGUCCGUUUCGAGUCCCCCACUCUGCCCCGUCGCUAUACGGCGCAGCAGCACCAACAGCAGCAACAGAAGACGACGACUACAAUCCCGCCGUGGUCCAGUACGGAGAACGGAGAAGGUGCCCCACCACCCACCGCAAUAGCCUCCCUCAACUCCGUGAACUCGAACUCGGACUACGCCGAAACUGACUGCUCCGGGCACUUUGGUCCCGUGGCGCCCAGUGCCAGUGUCUCCGACAAGAUCAGAACAUUCGAACGCUCUUCAUCCAACUCGGAGUUGCAGAGGCCGUUUGCGCGGCGCCAGCUGUCCGACGCCAGUCGUCCAGCCUACAGGCCCAAUGAAGUCAUCUACAAAGUCAAGCACGAGUAUAUGAGCGAACCGGAGACGGGCAGCGAUCGUCCCCGGAAAAUGGCACAGUUAGGGCGAAGGCAGUACGACGGCAUCGGUCCGGUGACCAACGAUGGAAUGCCCAUCAUCCUGAGAUCGGAGGUCAAGGAGCCGCAUCAGCAUGAAUGGUACAAGCGUCUCUAUCAGACCAUUCACAAGCAGAAGAACGGCGAUGAUUUUGUGAUUCGCUACAAGUGUCCCAGAGCCCGUCCGUCGUACAAGAGCAACGGAUACGUCUCAGAGCCCGAACCCAACUACGAUUCGGAUUACUCCACGGUGAGGUACCGCACCCAGAAUCCGCACCGUGUUCAGUCCGUCUCCUCGGCUGUCAAUGUGCGCAACCUAACCCAGGACGAGAAGUUGUAUGGUACUAUGCCAAAUCCCAUAAAAUCAGCGCAAAGCUCGUAUAAGAAUCAGCCAGGACGCAUCGAGAACUAUACAACAGGUCAUUCAUCAGUUUCCGAAAAGGAAAAGAAGGAGUGGUGGGACGAAGUGAUGGACAUCUUUAACGGGUGGCUUAGGGAGCAUACUCGCAUCCCGCGCAUUAUUAUAGAGUUCGUCGACGAAUUCGACGGCAUCGGAAGUCUAGAACAAUCGAAACUAUCGCCAUUGUACACAGAAGGUAACUUGUCCAGAGCUUUGGCCAAGGAAUCCGGGUAUACUAGCGAUUCCAAUCUGGUCUUCCGCAAGAAGGAGGUACCCGUAAGCAGUCCCCUUAGCCCCGUUGAACAAAAGCAGGCCUACAAGAGUCUCCAGGCAGGCGGAGAACCUCCCCUGCUCGGCUUCCGCAAACCAGCGCCCGAGAAACCCCGUGAAAUUUUGGAGGAGUUCGAAUUCAUACAGAUCACACCCACGCUCACAAAGAUUCGUGUCAGUACCAAGGAGCUGGAAGAAGAAGUGAAACCCCUGAGAAAAGCAGUAACGCCACCGCCUGCACCACCGCCACCACCUCCACCUCCCCAAUCCUUGACCACGAAAAGAGACAAGAAGCCCGCGAAGAUGUUUUCCCAGCUUUCGAAGAAUCUGCCCUCGUUCAUUCCGUUGAGCAAAAAGCAACAAGUGUCCCAACAGGAUGACCCACCUCCAAGGCCGCCGCACAGAAAGUCGAGCUGCACGAAGAGCACAGUGCGAGUCCUAAGCUCCGCCUCAAAGUCCAGGCAUGAGCAGUGCUUUCAACCGCCGAGUGGAACUGCCCCUGGGGUAUCUACCAUCACCCUGCGGAAGGUGGCCACUUCGAGUUGUUCCCGUCGUGAGCCCAUUUGCCGAUCGAAGUCGGCGGGAGCGGUGUCCACGCUUUUGCAAACUCUGACGGCCACCAAGGAGACCCGACUCACCCGUCGGGUCCAGCAGCCGCAGCAGCAAUCGCGUUUGAGGUCGUCGAGUCCUAGUAGGCGCCCCGCUCGUCUUCUGGCCCUUCGUCAAUCCAGCCGAAGUCCUGUGGCCUUUGGUAGAAGCAUAUCGAAGGAAAGAAGCUUCGCUGAGGAAAAAAAGCGGCUGGAGAACACGCUGCCAGCUAAUCGGACCAACUUUGAGGCCAGUACCAAUAUACUAAGGGAUCCCUCCUUGAAAUCCCCCCAAGAGGUGAGGGAGGCAGUGCGUUCGUAUGCGACCUCACGCAGCAAGUCCUUGCCACGACUUCGUCAUACUACAGUGAGCACUACCACAAGGCAGACCAUGUGCUUCCCGCAGGUGCGACCCCAGACGCUUUUGGAUUGCGGAACUCGGUCGCUGAGGAAGUCGUCCUCGAAAACAGGAAAGGGCCAGGAAAAGAACGGAUCUAAUGACAGCUUGCCGAGGAGUAACUCCACCUUUUCCAUUGACUCUAUGGUGCGCCAGGAAAUUGUGCCCAUAGCACCACCCAAGACAUAUGUUGGGAGGUCUAGAGGAUCACUUUCUAAAGCGCUGGUUCCACUCCAGAGCAGUCGAAGCGAAGGUCACGUGCCAAGGAAGCGUCAGUCUGGGAAAGUUACUACUAAGCCACCACCACCAGUUACUGUCCACUCCUACAGCGAAUCAGUGAGAGAGAAAACCAACUUUUGGAAUGACUACAACGCCAAGCAGGCCAUGUCCUUGCCGCAGGAGUACAAGUUCUGUCCGGAGGAUGUGUGCGAUUUCGAGAGUCAUACGAUCCAGCAACCGUGUAUCGAGGACCUUGUGUGGAAAUAUGAGGGCAAGGAGCAGCGUCCACCGAAACAAGUGACCGUAACGGACAUCGCUCGACCUCAAUCACCACAAUUGAGCCAGGAGCGUCGCUUUUCGCCCACUCGAGAGGUUAGGGUGCCCCAAAUCAGCCGGGAGGUGAGAUCGCCAUCUCGUCGUCGCAUCGAUAGCCUGCGUUCCAAGGACAAAGAGCAGUCCUUGGCCAGGGCUAGCAGCCUUAGCAGCGCAGAUGAGCGCAAGAGAGCUACUCCAGCUCCAUCGAAUGGACUCUACCAAUGCGGAGAGCUUGCCCACAGUGCCACUUCGUUGACUCACCUGGAACGUCAUAGUCCCAGCUGUCGGUAUCGUAACAAUUGUGAGCGUUUCACUGAAUUGAAUCGCUUCUACAGCACUUUGGAGCGAGUGGGUCAGCUGGAAAGGGCCACGUCCUCCAGCAGCUUUCAUCCCUUGAGGAAGGAUGCUGAACACCUGGACUUUGAUGAGUGGCGCCGAGUCCGACUUCAUGAACGCGCUGAAAAGGAGCUGCAAUAUUUAGUUGGAAAGCUACAAGAUGACCAAAAGCAAAGGGAUCUUCACUUCCGUUCAAAGGAUGUAGACUCCAUUAAGUGGCGUCAAGACGCCGACCAAUCACUGGUUGCCAAGAAGAAGUCUGUGGAGGAUCUGCGCGAAAACUUUGAGCAGUUGAAUAUUCUCAGGCAGCAGCAGCAGCUCCAGUCGGAGCCAGUUCAUCGCCAUUGGAGACGCAACACGGUGGCUGAUUUGGCCUGCAGUCUGGAGCACCAGGCCUCGGCUGAACCCGAUAUGGAGCGUCACUUGGACAACGACUUAGUGAGCACUUUGUCCAAGGAUCAGAUUAAGAAGAUAACCCAGCAGCUGAACGAGAUCUACUCGGGGAAUCGCCAGGCUCCUGCCGUCGAAGAGCAGUAUAUUGUAACCGUGGAAAAGGGCUCGCGUCCAAAUGGUCUGAAGGUACGUUGCAACUCCACCAUCUCCAAGGAUCAGCUACUGGGACCAGUUAAACGUAAGCGAGAUGAACAGCAAUCAAAUCAGUCAUUGCCUCGCUCCACUCGCAGUCAAUCUCCGGUGGUGGUGGCAAGAGAAACCCGUGGCGCCAUUGCAGCCAAGAAUGCUGAGUUGACCUUGACGAAACCGCCGGAUGUGCCACCUAGACCAAAGCCCACGCCAAGUCAGGAGGUUAAGACCAAGCCACCGCCAAAAGCGGAACUGAAAGUUGAAACUCGCGAGCCGGCCGAAGACAUAAGCCAGAAGAUACAGUACUUCGAGGAUCGCCAGUUCGAUGAGCCGCCCAAAACCAUUUACCACGCUCGCGAAGACUCCUCGCCUGACGAAGCUGAGGUUAUGCGACUCAUCAAUCAAAACAUGCAGGAACGUCAGAGAGCCAGGCAACUUCAUCACCACCAGGAACUGAGUAACUCCCUGACCGACUUGAGUGGCGUUUUUGGGGAGCGUCCUGCGGCCCGGGUAAAUUUUCACUUGCACAGCCCGCCCGACCGUCCGCCCGACGAUACCGAGCUUAUCAGCUUUGGGAACGGAUCACCGGAUCACGGAGACGGCAGUCUUGAGCUCUACUCGGAUUCCUACUACCGGUCGCGCAGUCUGUCGCCCCAGUCGCAGGCCUCCGCCUGCUCCAGCUCCUACUUGCAGAGAGUGUACACCGGCGAGGUGCGAAAGAUGCGUCAGCACUUCGAGAGCAUUCAGCAGUCCGGCGAACAAUCCCGGGAGCCAUCCAAUGAGCGGCGUGAUUUUUUUGGGCUUAGCUCGCUGCGGAGGGCGCGCAGCGAUCCCGAAAUGAGUGCGGGAUCCAAAGACGCCCCGGACACCGUUACGGAUGCGGUGUCGAAGGAGGAUGUGCCCCGGUUAACCCAUAAAUUCGAGUUGAGGGCAGCCACGCCAUCGCCGGAACGCGGAAGAAGACGUCUGCGAAGCGCACAGGAUCGCCUAAUGCCCCACAUCGAUAUCAUCAGCAAGACAGCGGCCUUGAAAAGAGAACUACCUAUUCCCGUUCGAUCGAGUCCCACGAGGAGCGUUAGCAGCAACAGCCAUUGCUUCGAGCGUCUGAGGAUGCGCUACGAGUCACCGGAGCCGCAGACCCAGAGCUAUUUGUCCACCUCGCAUCCGGAUAUGCGGGAUGUCCACGACAUAUCCCCUCACCUUAGUGCCGACUGGGUGGCUCACAAGCACCCGAAACCGACGAAACCCGAGGACCUGCCCAAGAAGCUACAACGAGUGGUGAGGGCGAGCUCCACAUCACCACCUCGACCAGCAAGGUCGCAUAACCACCAGUUGAGCUCCCGGCUAACCAGCUGCAUGAAGGACAUCUUCGCAAACCAGAAAUUCGAUCCCAACAAGCAUCGUCCCAAGGCCAGAUAUGUUCCCGAUGGUGCCGAGAACGGCAAUCAGAAAUCCAAGGAUAGUGGCACUUUAGAGCGCCUCAAGAAGACUGCCGUUGUGACCUUUAAAGUGUCUCCCAAUCAUUACUAUGCCACAGACGUAAACAUCCACUUCAAGACACCCAUCAGGCAUGAGCAACGCCAAAACUUGUCCGAAGAGGAACUAGCCAUUCGCCAAGCGGAGCACAUGCAGAAGCUCUACCACGAGGAGCGCCGUCGAAAGUAUCUACAGGAGCUGCAGGACAUGAAUUCGCGCCGCCACACGGACAACUUCACCCCGUCGCAGAAGUCGCCCAUCGCCCUUAAUCGCUACGAUGACUUCCCUACGGACGUGACCCUCAAGUCGCUGGUGGGCCCCAAGACGGUGGCCCGUGCUCUCUUCAACUUCCAGGGACAGACCUCCAAGGAGCUAUCCUUCCGCAAGGGCGACACCAUCUACAUCAGGCGGCAGAUCGAUGCCAACUGGUAUGAGGGCGAGCACAAUGCCAUGAUUGGACUGCUCCCAGCCAGUUAUGUUGAGAUUGUCAGUCGAGACGGCGCCCGUACGCCAUCCAAGCGACCAUCGGAGGGCCAGGCCCGUGCCAAAUACAACUUCCAGGCCCAGUCGGGCAUCGAGCUCUCCUUGAACAAGGGCGAACUGGUCACUUUGACACGCCGAGUUGAUGGCAACUGGUUCGAGGGCAAGAUUGCUAACAGGAAGGGCAUCUUCCCGUGCUCCUACGUGGAGGUACUUACUGAUAUUGGUGCUGAGGACAUUGCGGCCAAAACAACCACCGUGAUUACCAGCCAGAGCACCACGAAUCUGCGGCCUAAUCUCGACGUGCUGCGCACAAACAUCAACAAUGAGUUCAAUACGCUGACGCAAAAUGGAGCACAGCCACCGAACGGAAUCCUUAAGGAAACGCGGACGCUGCACAAGACGGAUGCCCUCCAUGUGGACACCAGUUCCGAACCAUUGGCGUACCGCGCACUGUACAAGUAUCGGCCACAGAACUCCGACGAACUGGAACUGCUCGAGGGAGAUGUGGUCCAUGUACUGGAAAAGUGUGACGACGGAUGGUUCGUGGGCACCUCACAGAGGACCGGCUGUUUCGGCACAUUCCCCGGCAAUUACGUGGAAAGGGCCUAGAGGAGAUCGAUCCAAUGAACCAGCCCCCGGAGCGGCGUUCGUGCCUAAUCUUAAUGAAUUUGUAGUCUAAUACGAGGAGGAAUCAGCGUGGCCGGGGCAAAGGCAGUUUGAUUAACUAUGAUUAACUCUGACUUGGUUUUACUGGAUUAUUUUAUGUUGUUGUUGAAUAAUUCUUAUCCCGCUAAUUCUGCUGCUUUCGGUUUGCCGUAAUUUAAACCUAUUUAUUUAUUUUUAAACAGAGCAUUAAUUAUUAUCAAUGUUGGAACUCGUUUAUUUAUGACAUCCAAAUAUUAACCAAAAGUUGUCCCCUUCACCUCCCCCACUCCCACACUCCGACACCCCGAUCACCCAAACACACACCAAAUAUCGAAGGACCUUAAUUAAGAUCAUACAUAUAUACUUUGUCGUUUACCUACUAAUUUUAACUAGUCACAGCUAAUUUCCAAAAAAGAAAAUCAAUUGUGAAACUGAAGAGACCGUUGAACUAAAGUGCCUUAAAGUUGGAAUUUAAAUGACUAAUACGAUAUAAAAUGUUUCAAAGUGCUAAGAUUCAAGUGCCCUUGCGAGGUCGGCAAAGUGGAUAAUUACUAUUGAUAAUUAUUAAUAUUAUUUAUGAUAUUGUCGUGUCCGAACCAACAGAAACCAUUUUAAAAUCAUUACAAAAAGCGUUUAUUACACAGACACUGUUGCAAGCGAAAUUAGUAAAUAAAGAAGAAACCUAAAAACAAA